UUGAAAAUCAUUAUCACCGAGUCGAUCCGUGAUACCAGUCGAGCCGUAUUUUUAUUUUUUAACAAUGUUAUUAUUAUUUACCGUUUUACUGUUUUCCGCUGUCGUUCGUGCCUGAAGAUUCGUCGUCAUCAUCGCCGUCGUAGUAGUAUUAUCGCAACGUCGACGAUUGGAACACACGUCUCCUUUGUCAUUGCUAACCCGCCGCACUUUUGUGCGGACAUUGGUGUACCGUCCCAAGACCUCCACUGUCGUUUUCCAACACUUCGCCAUGUAUUGUCUCUAGACUUCUAGUCACUACGAUAUAAUCAUAAUAUAAGGUGUAUAUAUAAAUAUAUAUAUAUAUAUUGUUGCCCAGUCGCCGCUAUACCACAUCGUCCUUACACACCUUACAAUAUGGAAAAUGCUUAUUUAUUGUCUGCUUUCAAGACAAUAUCCUUUAUAUAUGAUGUCAUAACAUAUCCUGUAUAUUUAAUAUUACAACAUCCAUGGAAUAAGAAGCAUAAGUCCAAGCAAAUGAAAUCUGAUAUUACCAAAUUUGAUGAUCACACAAUAAUCAUUAAAACCUUAAGUAAACCUACAUCCAAUCAUCUUACUCUAGUUAAAGAUAAGAUAGAUACAUUACAAAAAGUAUUUCAGUAUGCUGUACAUAAAUAUAGUGAUUCAUAUUGCCUUGGAACUAGAGAUGUACUUGCUGAAGAAGAUGAAGUGCAAAGAAAUGGAAGAAUUUUCAAAAAAUAUGUCAUGGGAGAUUAUAGAUGGAUGACAUUUACAGAAGUAGAUGAAGCAUCUGAUAAUUUUGGAAAUGCUUUAAUUUCCUUAGGUCAAAAACCUAAAGAAAACAUAGCAAUAUUCGCUGAAACAAGAGCAGAAUGGAUGAUAUCUGUCCAAGGUUGUUUCAAACAAAACAUACCUGUUGUAACAUUAUAUGCCACCCUCGGAGAAGAAGCAAUAGCACAUGGUUUAAACGAAACUGAAGUAACUAUUGUUAUUACGUCACAUGAUCUGUUACCAAAAUUUAAAAAAAUUUUACAACUUACUCCUCGAAUUAAAACUUUAAUCUACAUGGAAGAUCAAUUAGCUAUGACAAAUACCAGUGGCUACAAAGAAGGAGUUGAAAUAUUAUCAUUUAAAUCUAUUUUGAAAAAGGGGUCAGAGUAUACUGUUACAGAAAACCAUUUACCAAUAAAAAGUGAUAUUGCAAUUGUUAUGUAUACUAGUGGAUCAACUGGCGCUCCUAAAGGUGUUAAUUUAUCACAUACAAAUCUUAUAUCAACGCUCAAAGCUUUUACUGAUGCUAUUGUAAUUGAUUAUAAAAAAGAUGUAUUCAUGGGAUAUUUACCAUUGGCACAUGUUUUUGAAUUACUUGGAGAACUUGCUUGUUUAUUAUGUGGAAUUAGAAUUGGAUACUCUACACCGUUAACCAUGAUUGAUACGUCUAGUAAAAUCAAACGUGGUACAAAAGGUGAUGCAGCUGUAUUACGACCAACCGUCAUGACUGCAGUGCCCCUUAUAUUAGAUCGUAUCUACAAAGGCAUUAAUGAAAAAGUUUCCAGUGGAACGACAUUACAAAAGACAUUAUUCAAAUUCGCAUUUGAUUACAAAAGAAAAUGGAUGGAAUGUGGAUUUCAAACUCCACUUUUAAACAUGUUUGUAUUUAAAAAAACAAGUGCAUUGUUGGGAGGUCGUAUACGUUUCAUUCUAUGUGGAGGAGCUCCUCUGUCACCAGAAACUCAUACUCUUAUCAAAAUUUGUCUAUGUGAAGUUGUUCAACAAGGUUAUGGAUUAACUGAAACAAGUUCAUGUGGAUCUGCAAUGAGCCGAGAUGAUAUGACAACGGGUCGUGUAGGAGCUCCACUAACAGUUAAUGAUUUCAUGUUAGUUAGUUGGGAAGAAGGUAGCUAUAGGAUAACAGAUAAACCAUAUCCAAGAGGCGAACUUAUCAUUGGCGGAGACAACAUAUCACCUGGAUAUUAUAAAAAUCCUGAAAAAACAAAAGAAGAAUUUUUUGAAAAAGAUGGCAAGUGGUGGUUUAAAACAGGUGACAUUGGUCAGCUGGAAGCAGACGGUGCUAUUAAAAUAAUUGAUCGUAAAAAAGAUUUAGUAAAAUUGCAAGGUGGCGAGUAUGUGUCUCUUGGUAAGGUUGAAUCACAACUUAAAACCUGUCCAGUUGUUGAUAAUAUAUGUGUUUAUGGAAAUCCAUUUCAUAUGUAUACGAUUGCGUUAGUUGUUCCCAACAGACAUCACUUGAAAGAUAUGGCUAAAAAAUUGAAUAUUGAAAAUGUAAAUGAAAUUAGUAUUGAAGAGUUGUUUGUGAAUAAGAUAUUGAAGAAAGCAGUUGUCGAUGAGUUAGCUGCCCAUGGUAGAAAAAAUAAACUUGAAAGGUUUGAAAUACCUACAGAAAUUAUAAUAUGUGAUGAUGUAUGGACACCGGACAAUAAUCUAGUGACAGCUGCGUUCAAAAUCAAAAGAAGAGAAAUAUAUGAUAAAUAUAAAACCCAAAUUGAUAAUUUGUAUCAAUAUUGAUAACAUUUAUUCAAAAAAAAAAAGGAAGACCAAAACUACUAAAUUUUAUAUUACUUUUAGAGUAUAUUUAUUUUACCAAAAGCAAUUAACUAAUUUUAUAUUAAUAGUAUUUUAGGUGUAUACAUUAAUAAAUAUAUUGUUAUUAAUUCUUGCAAAUUUAACUUUAGUUUGAUAUUUCAUCCCUGUACAAUGUUGACAUAACUUUUUGUGUAAUGUUGUCAUUCACAACUUAAUUGUUGUCAUUUAUGGCUACUGAUUUGUUUGUGUUGAUAAUGCCAUUGCAUUGUUGUUUUGUUUGCUCUAUUUGUUCAAAUUGUUUGUGGUUACGUAAAAUACAAUUUUUUCUACGUUCUAAAAAACAAUGAUUGAUUAUAAUUUUGUUUUUAAAUAUUUUACAUAAUAUGUAUUUGAAAUUAGUUACUAAUAAUUUAUUACUAUAAUAUUGUUAAGUGAUAAAGAACAAAUUUGUACAUUAAGUAUUAAAAUGUAUUUGUAUUUUUAA